AUGUCAACGUUCUUCUACGGCCAGCAUCAGCAGCAUCACCACCAGCAGCAACAGCAUCAUCAUCAUCACCAUGGUGUCGCCGCCCAUGCUGCAUCGAAUUCGAACAACCACCACCGCCCCCGUCGAGGCCCCAAGGUCGCAGCUCAGAACGCUCAGCGCCAGUUUCGCGGCGUCAAGAGCAUGCGAGAGUUGGCUGAGGCUCCCGCCGUCACGGCUUUCCGUGCGAGAUUCGAGGCUGGACGGUCUUUCGACCUGGACGACGACCUGGAGUUCUGCCCCGGUCUGUUGACAGAGGACGAUCUGCACUCGAUCCAUUCCACCUCGUCCGAUCGCUCAUCGCUCUCGAGUGGCUCCCCCGACUCGUCUCCUCUCCAGCAUCAAAUCCAACCUGUCCAACAGGUCACACCAUCCAUCUCUCUCUCCCCGACUUCGACUAAUUCCUACGUGGCUGCCGGCGUCGCCAAUAAUCUUAAUCAGAUGAGCUACCAGCAACCUUCGGCAAUCCGCACCCGCAAAGUUAUUCCGAUCGUCAACCCUCACACUGGAAUGACCCUUGCCAGCCCACCCACCUCGAUCUCCCCCGGUGUGAUGCAGAAUCAGCGCCGAUGGUGA